GGAGCGAGCUCGCCCUCCACAGGCCGCCGCCGGGCCCCCGCUGACAUGUCCAGCAUGAAUCCCGAAUAUGACUAUUUAUUCAAGCUGCUUCUGAUUGGAGAUUCCGGCGUCGGGAAAUCUUGCCUCCUCCUUAGGUUUGCAGACGAUACCUACACAGAAAGCUACAUCAGCACGAUCGGCGUGGACUUCAAAAUCAGAACUAUAGAGCUAGAUGGGAAAACGAUCAAGCUUCAGAUAUGGGACACGGCAGGGCAAGAAAGAUUUCGCACAAUCACUUCUAGUUACUACAGAGGAGCUCAUGGCAUUAUAGUGGUGUAUGAUGUUACGGAUCAGGAGUCUUUCAACAAUGUAAAACAGUGGCUGCAAGAAAUAGACCGUUACGCCAGCGAAAACGUGAACAAGUUGUUGGUAGGGAACAAGUGCGACCUGACCACGAAGAAAGUCGUAGACUACACAACAGCGAAGGAAUUUGCAGAUUCCCUUGGGAUUCCCUUUUUGGAAACCAGCGCAAAGAACGCCACAAAUGUAGAACAGUCUUUCAUGACCAUGGCCGCUGAGAUCAAAAAGCGGAUGGGCCCUGGAGCGACAGCCGGCGGUGCCGAGAAGUCCGUGAAAAUCCAGAGCACUCCAGUCAAGCAGACCGGCGGAGGUUGCUGCUAAAACCCACCUCCC